GGGCCCGCCGCGCUGCCCGGGCCCGCGCCCGCCGACUGGGCGCGCGCGCCGCUCGAGCCCGCCGUGCGCGCCGUGCUCGUGGCCUUCGACGAGCACUUCAGCUACGCCAAGCUGUGCCAGGCGCUGCGCUACCUGCAGCGCGGCGGCGACGACUGCCUGCUCGUGGGCACCAACCGCGACCACCGGCUGCCGCUCGAGGGCGGCGCCGCCAUCCCCGGCACCGGCUGCCUGGUGAAGGCCGUGGAGACGGCGGCGGAGCGCGAGGCCUUCAUCGUGGGCAAGCCCAACCGCUACAUGUUCGACUGCGUGGUGAGCGAGUUCAACAUCGACCCCGCGCGCACCAUCAUGGUGGGCGACCGGCUGGACACCGACAUCCUCAUGGGCAACAGCUGCGGCCUCACCACACUGCUCACCCUCACGGGGGUCACCACGCUGGAGGACGUGAAGGGCCACCUGGAGAGCGGCUGUCCCGACAGGCAGCGCCUCGUUCCCGAUUACUACGUUGAUAGCAUAGCCGACCUGCUGCCCGCGCUGCAGGAUUAAAAUAGCAGCGGCGCCCCGAGGGGCUCUCAUUAAUCACCCAGUGACCGCAGGGUGAGCAGGGCACCUCCGAGGCAGUUGGCAGCCCGUAGCUUUUUAACCCUUUGCUCUCUCUGUCUGAUCUUUUUGUUUGUUUGUUUACAUCUUGGUCUUCUGCAAUGCACUUUGAAACGCUGAGGGCAUCACAGUGUCACUCGAGUCCCAUGAGGUGGAGGCUUCUGUUUUAACUAAUACCCAUAUCUAAAUAUGUGUGAGACUAGAGGUUAUUGUCGUCUAGACUGAGUGGAGUAGGGCAGAGCGGUCUGAGGGAAGCAGCUCGCGGCGGGUCCCCCCCGGGCAGGCGCCCCCUUAUUCAGGGCAGUGCUCGCCCGGGCUGCUCUAACUGGAAUUUGGCCUUAGGUUGGUUUUUCAGACUGGGUCCCGCUCCAGCAGAGCAGCCCGCUGCAAGUGUGACCCACGUCAAAGGAACUGAAAUCUCUCCCCUUUAUUUGACCGUUAAGAGCUGCUCUUGUGAUGCAGAUUAGGAUGACUCCACGUGCAAAAUGUGAAUGGUUUCUGCUCUAUACGGUAUUUGUCCAAGUGUUGGAUGCAUAUGCAAAGUACAGGUACCUGCAAGAACUGUCCUGAUCCUAAAUAUGUAUCAGAAUAUAUUUAAAUAUAAGCUUAAGUAUAAUAUAUGAUAAUAUAUCUUGCUUCCCAGAAGGGAGGAUAAGAGGAAUGUACUUCACUGAUCACUCUAGGUGUAAUUUUUGUAAGCUGUUGCAUUUGGUAAUGCAGAAAGCACGUAACCACAUAGGACUACCCUGCACUAAUCCUGCUUCCCAGAAAUAACUGGACUAAUAAGACUUGAAGUUAGCUCUGCACUACCUUAUGCUUCCCUGGUGCCCCAGCAUGCAGGUGGCAGCUGCCCUGGGCUUUUCUUGUAGAGCACGGGUAGGGCUCGUCGUGCGUCCCGCGGGCCCCGCAGCCUCCUUGCCCGGUGCAGGCGCCCGGCUGCGGUCGCGGUAGGAAGGAAGGAAGGGGCGGCUGCUCGGCCGAGGAUUGUGUUCUCGGCCGCAGGCGGGUUUGGAGCGAUGCACAGCCCGGCCUGUGGGGUGGGCUUCUGUCUGCUGCCUGAAUCGAAGGCCACAGUCUGGUGUUUUUGUAUCACAGAAAUAAGUAGAAACAUUAAUUAUGCAAAUACUGUGUUGUUACUCCAAAGGUGCCGCUAGUGGCAUUUAAACACUGAACUUCCUUCCCUCCUGGUGUUCAGCUGAGUAGCUCUAGUCGUGCGUUCGGUGCCGUUUCCUUCCACUCGAGCACCAGGAGCAGUAAACUCGCCACCUUGUUAGUACAGCAAUAACUGUGCAGCUCGUGAUGUCUUUCAGUGUUACUGGAACACCCUCCGGAUCUUUAAAAGACUGUUCAUUUGUGCAAGGGGCACAAAUAAAACCUUUCCUGUUGUGU